ACAGGACUACUAGUUUUUUAAAGUUACACACUAACAUGGAUAUCUCCCUGAGAGGUUUAUUUCUGUCCAUCAAUAUCUCUGAGAGUUCUUUACUAAUGAAUAAAUUGUCAGUCUGGAAUGAAAAAAAUGGUUAAAAUGUUAAAGGAAGCAACAUAAUACUCCUUUCUUUUAGGAUAAUCAUUUAUAGUUUAUUUUCUUCAUUAAUUAAAGGAAUUUUUUAACAAUGCUUAUUAAAGUUAAGCUAUAUUUAAUAUUUUAAACGUCAGAGUUGAAUACUAUAUCCAACUUUAACACACCUUUUAAUUACCUUUCUUUUCCCUGUAGAUUUUUGUAAUUACAAAAUUGUAACUUUUGUAGGAUGUCAGGAAAUGAUUUGGGUGCGAAUGUUUACAAGAUGAACCGACGAUUUCAUAUAAAGGUCAAGGAGACCAAAGCCCCAAACGAAUCCUUAAGAAGCCUUCACGCCAAUCCCAAGUUCAGGUUGAAAUAUCCUGAGCUUGGAGGUAAAACUUCUGGAUUAUCCAAUAAAAGCUUAUUUUGUGACCAAACCAAACAGUUCUUUGCUAGUCAUGAGAAUGGUUCAGGAGAUUCUGACUCUCUUUGCAAGAGUGGACUGGUGAAUGACUUGAACAAGGAAGUGUUUGGAACAAAGAUGAAUGUGGGAUCACUAACAGGAAACUCAGUGGAAAGCAUAACUGAUAGAAGUAGUUUGCUGUUAACACCUUCAAAUAAAGAGGAAAAUGCUGUUGCUGUCCCAUACUUAACCCAGAGAUCCAGUUCUGACUUGCCUCUCACAAAGCAGAAAAAGAUAAAUUCCCCUGAGAAUAUUUUCUCUGUAAACUAUGAUUCAAAACUAUUUAGUUCGUUAAUGCCAUCCCCUCGGGUGACUACUUGCCAUCACUGCGGUUUGUAUGGAGACCUAAGAUGUUCACAGUGUAAGCAGAUAUAUUAUUGCUCUACAGACUGCCAGAAGAAAGAUUGGUCUGCACAUGGUAUUGUAUGCAAGCCAGUGAAACAAAGCUUAAAGAAAAGUGAAGGUAAUGCCAAGUUGCCUGGUGAAAUUAAGAAGAAAAUGGAUUUUGAGGGCAAUUUAUCACCUGUUGAUGUCCACAAGAUAGAAGAUGACAUCCAAAAAAUAAUGCUUUCUGACCUGCAAAACUUAGGCUUCAAAAAAGCUAUGGAAAUAGAGGGUACAGUCACUGAAUUCAAGAACCCAAGUGAAUUUUAUAUACAAGUGUAUUCUUCAGAAAUUUUAGAACAUCUCAGCAAGCUUACUGUAAAACUGAAAGAUUGUUAUGCAAACAUUGUUAGCCAAGAGGAAUAUAUUCCUAUCAAAGGGGAAGUUUGUGUUGCAAAAUAUUCUCUGGAUCAGACCUGGAAUAGAGUAGUGGUAAAAGAGGUGGAUAUCUUGCAGAAGAAAGCACAAGUGUUGUUUAUUGAUUAUGGCAAUGGAGAAAAUGUUCCACUAGAUUGGAUUAAACCACUCCAGAAAGACAUUGAACUGUUUCCUGCCUGUGCAAUUAGGUGUUGUGUUGCUCCAAAACAAGGAGAAUGGAACAAAGACUGUGCUGGUUUUAUUACGCCUAUGCUUGUGGGACAGUUUUGUUUGGUGACUGUUGUUGACGUAGUACAAGAGGAGAUGAUGACUUGUUUUGCUGUAGAUGUUGUCCUUCCAGGUUCUGGGAAACACCUAGAUAAAAUACUACUUGAAAUGGGACAUGGCUUGAGUCCAAAGAAAAUGAACCCAAAUACAGAUAUUGUAUUACAAAAUAAUUCUGAAGGAAAAAGAGAUAAAACAGCUGAAGAUAAAGAAAUGAUUCACAAUAAUGAUUUAAUUAUAAAGGUUGUUUCUGUAUCCAUGGGAGAUAAAUUUUCUGGUGUAGUUGCUCAUAUUCAAACCCCAGAAGACUUUUUCUGUCAGCAGAUGCAUAAUGGCCGACAGCUUGCUGAGCUUCAAGUAUCCAUGGGUGAAUACUGUAACACAAUCCCUAUUAUCCCAGAUUUCUGUCCAGCUGUGGGAGAUGUCUGUUGUGCCCAGUUCACAGAAGACAAUCAGUGGUAUCGUGCCUCAGUUCUAGCAUAUACUUCUGAAGAUAAUGCGUUAGUGGGCUAUGUAGAUUAUGGUAACUUCGAAGUUCUUCAAGUGACUAGACUUCGCCCUAUAAUUCCAAAAUUAUUGGAGUUGCCAGUGCAAGCUAUAAAGUGUACACUAGCAGGUGUGAAGCCCCUAUCAGGAACCUGGUCUUCAGAAGCUGUUUCUCUGAUGAAACAACUGGUGCAAAAUAAAAAGAUUACUAUCACAGUGGUUGACAAAAAUGAGAAUAGCUCUGUGGUAGAGAUUGUAGAUGAAUCUGUUUCUCCAAUAAUAAAUGUAUCUAAACAUCUUUUAGAAUCAGGCUGUGCAGUGAAAGAUUUCAAGGAUGUCUUGACAAUAAAUGAAACUGUUAACACUGUGAAGGAAGUAACUGCUGUAGAAGAAAUGAUUAAUAAAAAAGAGUGGACAUGGGUUAAGCUGACUCCUAAACAGACAUUAAUUGUUAUACUGUGUACAGUGAAAAAUCCUGGAGAAUUCUUCUGUCAGAUCUUCAAAGAGGAUAAUUUACUUGCUCUAAAUUUACUCAACAAGUCACUGGCAGAAUACUGCCAGCAUACUUCAACUAGUGUUUUCAAACCUUCAAAGGGAAAACCUUGCUGUGCUUUUUUCUCUGGUGAUAAUAACUGGUACCGUGCUUUGGUAAAAGAAAUCUCUUCAGAUGGAGCUAUUCAAGUGCAAUUUGUGGAUUAUGGAAAUGUUGAGGAAGUAACUCCAGAUAAGCUUCGACACAUCUCGUCUGCAUUCCUAAAACUUCCAUUUCAAGGAAUUAAGUGUUGGUUAUCAGGUGUAAAGCCUCUUAACAAGCAAUGGCUCCCAGAAGCCACGGCAAGAUUUCAGAUGUGCACUGCAGGAAUUAAACUUCAAGCCAGAGCAGUUUGUUUCAACAAAAGUGGUGCUGGAAUAGAGCUUAUUGAUAAUUCCACAGAUUGUCCAAGAAUAAUCAGUGAAAUUUUAAUUAGUGAAAAAUUGGCUUUAAAGGAAGGUCUGCCAAGUAAAGAUGGGCUACCAAAUACCUCUGCUGAGAAAAUAGAGCUUCAAGAAACUUCUUCUGAGCAGUGGCAGACAAUAGAAUUGCCUGUCAAUGAAACUGUGUCAGUCCGUGUAAUGGAAGUGGUAAGCCCAGACUUGUUUUAUGUUCUGCCAACUGAAACCAGAGUAGAUCAAGAGAAACUGCAGAGGUUGAUGACUGAACUGGUAGAAUAUUGUAACACUCAGAACAGUCACUCCUUCAGACCAAAAGUUGGUGAAGCCUGUUGUGCCAAGUUCUCAGGUGAUGGCCUCUGGUACAGAGCUGUUGUUCUAGGAGUUUCUCAGUCUGAGGUGAAGGUAGCCUAUGCAGACUAUGGAAACACCGAAACUCUACCAUUCUCUAGAGUGCUGCCCAUCACUGCACGUUACUUGAAGCUCCCUUUUCAGAUAAUUAAAUGUUCGCUUUCAGGAAUCAUGGAAUUGUCUCCUCUAAUAAUAGAUUUGCUAAAAACAUUAAUAUUAAAUAAAUGUGUCAUGAUCACAGUAAAAGGGAUAAGUAGGAAUAUUCAUGCAGUGUCUGUGGAGAAGUGUUUUGAAAACAGUGCUCUCAGUAUAGCUGACAAAUUAGUCAUGGAUGGUUUAGCCAAAUACAGCAACUCUGGAAAUCAAAGUAUUCUGUACCAAGUCCACACAAAGGAGGAUAGUUGCUGUUGCGCAGAAUUAAAAAAGCAAAUUGAAAAACAUGAACAGAUCCUCCUCUUUCUUUUAAAUAAACACAUGGCGCAAGAUAAGUGUAAAGAAAUGAAAAAGUUGUUAGAACACUAAAUCCUUUAGGCACAAUGUGUGGUGUUAUAUGCUUAUACCUGUAAUGCUAUGUUUUAAGUUGCAAUCUUUCCUACUAAAUGGUUCUGUUCCAGUGCCUUUUAUGUAAAAUCUCACUUUCUGAAGCAUUCAUAGUUCUAUCCCGGAAGGCUUGCCAAAGGUUAGAAACAGACUGUCUGUUUCACUAUUGUGGGGCAUCAAUGCAAAUUCCUCACGUGAUUGUGUGUUUAUUGUGCUACAGAAUGAAGAUGGUCUGUGAGCAUGUGUAAGAAUUGUACAUUACAUUCAGUUGUAACCUUAUAUAAACUUUACUGAUCUUUGAAUCAGAGGAUGCUACUUUUUGUUGAUUUUAAAAAAACAAAUCUUCAAUCUCUCUAGGUUACCAGGAAUAAUAAAGCUAUUGCAUU